UUAAAAGGCGAUGUGGUGCGUUGGUGACGUUGGUAUUAUCUAUGUGCGAUGUGUUGCAAGUAUUACCAGCAUUCGGAGUCAUGAGGAAAAUUUAUAAUUUGUUGAAAUGAUUUUUAACUACCAUCGGUUUCUGCAGAACAUUUCAAGCCGUCAAUUUUAUCGUCUUAUUCUUUGUAAAUGUAAUAUGAAUUACAUUGUAUCCAACUGAGGAAACUAUCAACCCAUUUUCAUGCGAUAGGCAUUUGUUCACAGUGACUCGGGAAGCAGGGAAGUGGUCGCCCGAGCAUAUUGUUGGGUUAUGUGCUUAAUUGAGUUGGGCUUCUGAAGCGUUGUUGUCGAGUGAAUUGGGUGUGUGUUUAUUAGUGAACCAUGUCAGUAAAGUAACAGAAACAGUGUUGUCAGUAACUAAUCUAGAAUCGUCUUAAUUACCAGUGGCUUUUGAUCAUAUCUGUUUAUAGGAACAUUUAUUAGAGCCAUCAAAUUUUCCAGAAACUGUACGGGAAAAUAAUUUGCAAUUUUUAUCAUUAUUUAGAACGAUUUUAAAAGAUUAAUUGACUGAAAUGUCUGAAUGAACUGAGAACUUGCAGUUUUAUUUGAUUUGUGACCAUGUCUCUGAAACCCAAAAGAGUCAACUUUAAUGAGACCUGGAAAGAACUUCAAGAAACUGUGAAGUGUGUUAUAACUUUGAGCAAUGUACCUAGAUCAACUUGGAAUGACCGAUUCAGCGAUGUGUAUUCUUUGUGUGUUGCAUACCCAGAACCACUUGCUGAUCGGCUGUAUUUGGAGACAAAACAAUUUUUGGAUAAUCAUGUGAAGAAUUUGUUAGAAAAAGUCAGAUCCAAUGGAAAGGCAAAUUUGCUCAAAAGUUAUUAUCAAGCUUGGAGUGAAUAUAGCUUGGGCAUUAAUUACCUUCAUAGAUUAUACCUCUAUUUAAAUCAGCAACACAUUAAGAAGCAGAAAUUAUCUGAAGCUGAAAUUGUGUAUGGAAAUCUCACACCAGAUACUCAAGAGCAAAUGGAGAUUGGUGAGUUGGGAUUUGAGAUUUGGAAGAAAAAUAUGAUAGAGCCAUUAACAGAAAAUUUGGUUAAUUUUCUGUUAGAAGGCAUACACGAGGACCGUCUAGGUGAGGGAAAUCCAAAUACAGCAGAAAUCAUUAAAGGUGUCAUUCAGUCAUUUGUUACAGUGGAAGAAUAUAAAAAAAAGGAAAAUUUAUUACUUUACCAGAAAAUAUUUGAAACACCAUUUCUCCAAGCUAGUGGUGAAUAUUACAAACAGGAAGCAAGUAGAUUGUUACAAGUGUGUGAUGUAUCUAUGUAUAUGGAGAGAGUAACCCAGCGCCUGAAAGAAGAAACCUUACGAAGCCAAAAGUUUCUUCACUGUAGUUCCUUUGAUAAAGUGAAAGAAAAAUGUGAGCAGCAUAUGAUAGCUGAUCACUUACAGUUCCUUCAUGGUGAAUGUAAACCAAUGGUACAGCAGGAAAGAAAAGGUGAUCUUACAUACAUGUAUUCAUUAUUACGCUCGGUUCCACAAGGAAUACCCCUUCUCAUAAACGAGAUGUUCGAACAUAUAAAGCAACAAGGACUUCAGUGUGUCACAAGUUUGAAGGGUGAAAACAUUUAUUGUCAGUUUGUGGAAAGUAUGCUUACUUUACACAAGAAAUAUAAAGAUAUGAUUAAUGAUGUGUUUUCUGGUGACCAGUCUUUUAUUGGUGCACUUGAUAGAGCUUGUUCCUCUGUUAUUAAUUACAGAAUUAAUCCAAAAGUCAGUUCACGUUCUCCAGAAAUGCUUGCAAAAUAUUGUGACUUUUUAUUGAAGAAAUCUGCUAAAGGAAUGUCAGAAGCUGAAAUAGAUGAUCGAUUAGCUCAGUCUAUUACAGUUUUCAAAUAUAUUGAUGAUAAAGAUGUUUUUCAAAAAUUCUAUUCCCGAAUGUUGGCAAAACGGUUGAUUCAUCAACAAAGUCAAUCCAUGGAUGCUGAGGAAGCUAUGAUUAACAGAUUAAAGGAAGCUUGUGGUUAUGAAUUUACCAAUAAAUUUCAACGUAUGUUCAAUGACAUCACAGUUUCUACUGAUCUAAAUAACAAGUUUAGUGCAUAUCUGAAAUCAGAAACAGUGGAUUUAGGAAUAUCAUUUACAAUAUAUGUACUCCAAGCUGGUGCUUGGCCUUUAGGACAGACAUCCAUCACUCCAUUUGCAGUCCCCCAAGAACUAGAAAAAUCUGUUCAAAUGUUUGAAAAAUUUUAUCACAGUCAUUUUAAUGGAAGGAGACUUACAUGGCUUCAUCAUCUCUGUCAGGGUGAGCUCAAAUUGGGUUACCUGAAAAAGCCAUAUCAAGUUACAAUGCAAACUUUUCAAAUGGCAAUUCUUCUAUUAUUUGAGAAAACAGAUUCACUGAACUGCAAGGAAAUCCAGGAUACAUUACAAUUGAAUACAGAGCAGUUUAAUAAGCAUGUUACCAGUCUUUUGGAAUCAAAACUCCUUCACAGUAGUACUCAAGAUGUCACUCCUGAAACAAUAUUAAAACUUAAUUUGGAGUACAGCAAUAAAAGAACAAAAUUCAGAAUAACAGCAGCCCUUCAGCGAGAAACUCCUCAAGAAGUGGAACAAACAUUGUCAGCUGUAGACGAAGAUAGGAAACUCUACUUGCAAGCAGCAAUUGUGAGAAUAAUGAAGAGUAGGAAGAUGUUGAAGCACAAUUGUCUGAUUCAGGAAGUUUUGAGUCAGUCCAAAGGCACAUUUUCACCAUCUAUCAGCAUGAUAAAGAAAUGUAUUGAAGCCUUAAUUGACAAACAAUAUAUAGAACGCACACCAAACUCUGCAGAUGAAUACAGUUAUGUAGCAUAAUUUGAUUGUAAUAUAACAUAUUUAUCUUGUUCAAUAUUUAACAAUUAUUAUUUUGGGAAUGCUUAUAUUUAUUAGUUUACUGACGAAUGAUUAUGUUGAUAGUUGUGGUAUGAAGGUAUGAACUUUUAACAUUUGGAAGCAAGUUAAGUGUUUCAGCAUAUUGAUAUAGAUUGAUAAGGUGUAAUUAAAAUUAUGUGUCCUUUACUGGGAAAUAAAUAUUAAAAUAAAAAGCGUCAUCAUCAAAGAAAUUCGUUGGUUUUUUAUCUCAUAAAGUUGCUAUUUGAAACUAGAGCCCUCGGCACAAAAAACGUGGAUAUUUGAUUAUAAACCUCAUGAACUUUUUAACUGGCAUGAAUGAUUCCUCCUAUCGCUCCCGUACGCCACCAACAUAUUUUUGCAGCAACGAUGUUGCAUUGCCAAAGAGUUGGUUGUAGAAGAUUGGAAUUAAUUGUCUAUGGACUUUGAUGAAGACGCUUUACUUGUUUUGUAGUGAAAAUGCUUAACAAUAAAUUGCUUACAUAAAACUUGCUGCCGGAAUGUAAAAUAAACGAAUUUAAAUAAUUGCCCUAUUAUUAUUUCGCCGCAAACUUUUCCCGCCUAUUCCUGUGUACGGGCGGGGGUUACGUUGCAUCGCAAAUGUAGUUAGUGUUACUGCACGUCGUUCAACCACUGGGACCUGUGCGAGCGUUUGAAUAUGGAUAUUCUAAAUGAAAAUGGACAUAAUAUUUCGUCUCCAAAGGCAAAUAGUGUUUUGAGCAAAACAUUACAUGUUAUCAGUGGGAAUGAAAUCGAAAACCUUGACCCGGGAGUGAACGGAAAGGGCAUAAAUCGGAAGGAGGAAGCGAAGCGAGAUUCGACUGGGAAACCUUACCCCACCACGGAAAGCAACUCACGUCACGAAGAAUAUCAAUAUCUGGACCAGAUAGAACGUAUUUUAGAAUGUGGAGCGAGGAAAGAUGAUAGAACAGGUGUCGGUACCUAUGCUUUAUUCGGUGCUCAAAUGCGGUACUCUUUGAGGAACGGUACGUUUCCUUUGUUAACAACAAAAAGGGUGUUUUGGCGAGGAGUGGUGGAAGAGUUGCUUUGGUUCAUCAGGGGUUCUACUAAUUCUCGGGAACUGAGUGAAAAGAACGUUCGAAUUUGGGAUGCAAAUAGCUCCAGAGAAUAUUUAGAUUCUUUGGGCUUUUCAGAUAGAGCUGAAGGUGACUUGGGUCCAGUGUAUGGGUUUCAAUGGCGUCAUUUUGGAGCCGAAUAUAAAGACAUGAAUGCAGAUUAUACCGGUCAGGGCAUUGACCAGUUGAAAGAAGUUAUUAAUACUAUCAAAACAAGACCAGAUGACAGGCGUAUGAUCAUGUGUGCUUGGAAUCCAUUGGAUAUCCCUUUGAUGGCUCUCCCACCUUGCCACUGUUUAGUUCAGUUUUUUGUUGCAAAUGGAGAAUUGUCCUGUCAGUUGUACCAGCGGUCUGCAGAUAUGGGCUUAGGUGUGCCAUUUAACAUAGCUAGCUAUUCUCUUCUUACGUACAUGAUAGCUAAAGUUACAGGAUUGCAGCCUGGUGAAUUUAUUCAUUCCCUUGGAGACAACCAUGUUUACGUGAAUCACGUGGAAGCACUGCGUGAACAGUUGCAACGUACCCCUCGCCCUUUUCCUACACUUCAUAUUAUCCGGAAUGUUAAUGACAUUGAAGAUUUCCAGUUUAAUGAUUUUGAAUUAAAAGAUUACAAACCAUAUCCUAAACUGAGCAUGGAAAUGGCUGUGUAAAUUAAUGACUGCUUACAAGAAGGUAGAACAGCUAUUUGCUGUUUCCUGUUUAGAAAUCUGUAUUAAAAUCAUAAUUGUUACUUCAUGCUGUUGUGUAGUGUUUAAAUGUUUCUGGAUGUAUCAGUGAAAGAAUUUGUGUUGCAACAGUGGUGAAACUAGUUUAUUUCACAUCCUUUACUGAUAAAGUGGCUAGACAUUUUUUCUAUGUAUUAUUGUGUUUGGUUUCAAUGGAGGUCUUUUUUGUAUAUUACAGUUUAUACUAUUAUGCCCAUUAAUAUUUUUCAUAAAAUAUUAAUUAACAGUACAUAUUUGAAAUGCCAUUGCAGAGAACAUGAAAGAAAUUUCUCCUUUUUUGAUUUUCUUAUAAGGUAAAAAAAGUAGCUGUUGUUCCUCUUUGCGAUUUAUCUACUGGUGAGAAUCGGAUAAGGUAUAAUUUUGUCCAUCUUCAUUAAUGCCAUCUCCAUGAAUUUUUUCUUGUGUGAUUAAUUUAAAUUUAGAGUAUUUAUAACCACUUAAUAUAUUGUGAUAAGUGUUUUGUUUGUAUGGCAAUGAAAAAUACUGUAGUUCUUGCAUUGAGAUUUGAUAUGCUGUAUAUGUACAUUAAGAUUCACUGUGAUCCAUGAAAAUAUUUUAAAUACUGUAUCAAAAAUUAAUACAUAAUAAAAUUAUUUGUACAUAAUGCUAUACAUGCUUUCAAUUUUCAUUCUUACAGGGUCACCACUAGUCCCUUGUAUGUGUUUUUCCAUUUACUCUGGAUUAAUAAGAAUCUAUUAAUUUAGUUUGGCAUGGUUCUCAAGUACAUGUGUAAAAAUCAAAAUUGGUUUAAAUUGGAAUAGAACUACUCACAAAGUUAUUCUUUGGCAGUUAUUGUAACUAGAGAACAAUCUAGUUCCCCCCCCCCCCCUCCCCAAGCUAAAUAUGUACAUUUAUAUUGAGUAAAACUUUUACACAGUGCAGACCAAUGUAAAAGUACUUCUAUGGAGGUAGACUUGUCUUUCAGCUACUCCAUAUCCAUGUUUAGAUCCGAUCAGUGAUGACAUGUGUCCAGAAAAUGC